AUGGAAGUGGUGGCGUUUCCGUACCAACACCGUACGGCUCCGCCGGAUCUACCACCACAUAAAACCGGAAAGUCAGUAGUGAAUCAAAUCGGUCUUGCUCUACGAUUCAGAAAUGUUAGGAUGAGAAAGCCGACGUACGAAGGAACGAUCUUAACGAAGAAAUCAAGAGCAAGAACACUAACUACGGCGGAAGCAGUUUCCGGUGGCGGAGUUUCUCUUCCGCCAUUGGAUUUGACGGAGGAUAAUAUCCGUCUGGUCCUAUCCGAAGCUCGCGUCGAGCUUGCACAACUCUUCGAUUUAUCGGUUGGGAUAACAGGACAAGUAGAGUUAGUGGAACUAGACGGACCGUUCGUCAAGAUAAGUCUAAGAGGCAAGUUUUGGCACACACGUGCGAUGGUUCUAGCUCGAAUUGGAAACUACUUGAAACAGAGGAUCCCUGAGAUUCUUGAAGUUGAGAUUGAAGAUGAGAAGCAACUCGAUGAUAGUCCUGCAAAUUUCUAA